UGCGCCAAGAGUUACAAGAUGGCGGAGAGUGCGGAACUGAAGCAAAUGGUUAUGAGCCUUCGCGUUUCGGAGCUCCAAGUACUACUGGGAUACGCGGGAAGGAACAAACACGGACGUAAGCACGAACUCUUAACGAAAGCUCUGCACUUACUGAAGGCUGGCUGCAGCCCCGCUGUGCAAAUGAAAAUCAAAGAACUCUACAGACGGAGGUUCCCCACCAAAAUGGUGACGCCGGCAGAGCUGUCGCUGCCCAGCGUGCACUCCACCACAGCCCCGCUGCCCGCUGGCCUGCCCCAGCUGAGCUUCGACGGCCACGCGGCCAGCUCGCCCCUGCUCCCCGUCUCCCUGCUGGGGCCCAAGCACGAGCUGGACCUGCCGCACCUGCCUUCCGCGCUGCAUCCUGUGCACCCAGACGUCAAGCUGCAGAAGCUGCCUUUCUACGACAUGCUGGACGAGCUCAUCAAGCCUACCAGCCUGGCAUCAGAUAACAGCCAGCGGUUUCAGGAAACAUGCUUUGCUUUUGCAUUAACGCCUCAACAAGUACAACAGAUUAGCAGCUCAAUGUAAGUGUUCCCUGGUCUUCAGUGCUGGGUGCAGCUGAGACAGUUCUGCUUAUCAGAAACGAGCUGUCCUCAGGAAGACCACUUUCCUCCUAAUUUGUGUGUGAAAGUGAACGGGAAACCCUGUAAUCUCCCAGGAUAUCUUCCUCCAACCAAAAAUGGUGUAGAACCAAAGCGCCCCAGCCGACCUAUCAACAUUACCUCACUGGUGAGAUUGUCCACAACAGUACCCAACACCAUCGUGGUGUCAUGGACAGCUGAAAUUGGAAGGAGCUACUCAAUGGCAGUGUAUCUUGUAAAACAACAGUCCUCCUCGGUAUUGUUGCAGAGGUUACGGUCAAAAGGCAUAAGGAACCCAGACCACUCCAGAGCACUCAUUAAGGAGAAGCUGACGGCUGAUCCUGACAGUGAAAUCGCCACUACCAGUCUGCGGGUAUCUCUGCUCUGCCCGUUGGGGAAGAUGCGGCUGAUGAUCCCUUGCCGGGCGCUGACCUGCUCACACCUGCAGUGUUUUGACGCCACGCUGUACAUCCAGAUGAAUGAGAAGAAGCCCACCUGGGUGUGUCCUGUCUGCGAUAAGAAGGCUCCCUACGAGCACCUCAUCAUUGAUGGUUUGUUCAUGGAGAUCCUCAACAGCUGUGUGGACUGUGAUGAGAUCCAGUUCAAGGAGGACGGUAGCUGGGCCCCCAUGCGGUCAAAGAAGGAAGUGCAGCAAGUCAAUUCUUACAAUGGAGUAGAAGGAGCCUGUCGGACUGCGAUCCCCGAACACAGACACAGUAGCUCCUCUAACAGUAAGAAGGUGGAGGUGAUCGACCUGACGCUGGACAGCUCUUCUGAUGAGGAGGAGGAUGAGGAGCCCCCUCCAAAGAGGACCUGCCCCUCACUCUCUCCUGCUUCACCCCCUGUCAACAAGGGGGUGUUAAAUCUGCACCAUCAAGCAUCACCAGUGGCCAGGGCACCCAGCAUGCCCCCUGUGGAUACCAACUACAUCCCCCCACCGCCCCCCCUCAUCCAGGACUACCGCCAUUCUUAUCACACGCUGCCCUAUGAACUGCAAGGUCUGGAUUUCUUCCCAUUUUUGCAAGGUGACAAUCAGCAUUACAGUACCAACCUGCUGGUGGCCGCCGCGGCAGCCGCAUCGGCCUCGGACGAGCACGACAUGCUCCACCCCUCCCUGAACCGCUUCCUGCCCUACAACUCCUCGCAGAUGUACCUGGAGCAGCCCGGCACCCCGGUCAGCAGCGCCCUGGUGCCAGCCAACGGAGGCGGCAGCAGCAGCAGCAGCAGCAGCAGCCUGGUGUCGUCCAGCAGCCUGCGCGAGAGCCACGGCCACCCGGGCCCCACCCGGGCCACCGCCGAGGCCGCCGCCGCCAUCUACGGCUCCAUGCCCGAUGUCAUCUCGCUGGACUGACCGCCGGGCGCGGGGCGUGAGGACUGAUCCUCUCCACACCAGUCGAGACAAAGAAAAACACACUCAGAAACAAAAUGGGGAGGAAAAAAAGGAGAGGUCUUUUUUAAGAAAAAAAAGGAUAAAAAGAACGAUGCUGUGUACAGAGAACAAAAAUAUAUUUUCAGUUUUACUUUUGUAUAUAAACUUAGGACUUUGCCUGUCCAGUGAGUAACUUCAGUUGAUAUUUUUUGUGGAUACUGAAGAUUUUUUCACAGUUAUACAUUUGUUGUCCCUUAAUUAUAUUAUACCUUUUUUUUUGUAUUUUUAUUUUAUUUCCACAUCAAUGGCAUUAUUUUCUUCACAGUGAUAUUGUUUGGUUUUUAACGUAUCCAAUCUCUCGUUUUAAAAUCAUUGUAGGAGUCUUUCUUCUCGGAAAGAAUUCUAACUCUCAGUGGUUGACAGUGUUUUAUUCUUUCUUUUUUUGUGCAAAUAAUUUUAAGAUCCUUUAAGUUAUGUAAAAUAUAAGACAUGUUUAAAAGCAUUCCCUUUGCCUUUUCAGGAUGUAGCUAUGGGGAGUGUGCAGAUGGAUAGAGUAUGCCAUUUCUGGUUUCUCUUUAUAAAGCCAGGUUGGUUCUUGACUUCCCAGUUGAACUGUCUGGGCCUAAAUCUACCCUCUGAAUGAUUUUGCUCUAUACUCUUGAUUAUUUUAAGUUGAAGUAAUAUUAACAAAGACUAUAUUUUGUUUAAAAAGUUAGCAUUUAAGGAUUUUAGUGCUUUGUUUUUAUAAAUGUAGCAUUUUUUUUGCAUUUUCAACCACUGUUUCCAUUUGCACAAUGCCAAAAAACAAACAAAGUUUAUCUUGCGCUCCUAACACAAGCAUGUCACCCUCCUUCGGCUCAUGGCUAAAGCACUUGUGAUGGUAUGGCGUCUCGGUAUAGGCCAUUGCUGACUGGGCAGUGUGGGGAAGGUCACGCGUUUUGCAAGAACAGGGUUUUAAAGCAAACCCACAGGGUAUAGAAAUGAAUACUGUUUGAAGGAGUGCAUCGCCUUGGGAAUGCGACUGCUGGGUCUGGUGUCUGACCUUGACAAGGAGAUUCAGAAGCAUGAGGCUGGCUUCUAGAGGGAGGGAGACUUGUUGAAGGAGGUGGAGGAAUUGGUACCUGUCUUCUGCUUAAAGAAGAAGCAAGGUAUCUGGUUGCCAUGUAUUUGACCCUCUUGCUUUUGCUGACUAUGGAGAAUUCUGUACUUUUCCAUGCAGUUGGUUACUGUUAGGCUGUGGUAUGUGCAGUUCAGUGCAGUGAAGGCCUCUCUGGAGAUGCUGGAAACCGUGAAUAUUAUUUUCCUCACCCUCUUAAUUACGGUGUUUUUUUGGUGGUGUUCUUUCUGGGACUCCUUCCUUUGGUAAUCUUUUGGAGAUCUCUCAUGUUUUUAAAGUUAAUGCUUAAUGGCCUGUAAUUGCAACCUGAAACACCAUAAACCUGCAUGCUUCAGCUGUUUCAGUCACAGCCCAUCAAAAGGGAACAAAACCACUAUGAAACAUUACAGCCACUUCUACCCUUAAGCUUUGGAAAGUUGAGACAUAGCUUUGUGGUAUUUCUGUCCAUUAGCUUGUAGUUGUGAAAACAACCUGUAAAAGUCUCCAUUUUCAGCAAACAAGAAAUUGGCAAGAUUCUGUGUCUUGGUUCUCUACCCUGCCUGCUACAUAAGUUAGUCACAAGAUUGUUGUGUCCUGGUCAGAAUCAGUAGCCAUGAAUAAAUAGGGAACUUAUACACAACCUAGUUACAAUUAAGUAUUCUACUGUGACUAAAUUAAAAUUGUUUUUUUUAUUUAGUGCUGUAGAUCCUCCUUAUUUCCUGGGCCCAUUGUAGAGGCUCUGCAUUUUCCUCUGACCUCACCUGUAGCAGAAGAUUUGCUCCCACUGGUGGGAAAAAUACCUCCCACUCACCAGUGGGUAUGUGGUUGUUUCUGUUCUGAAGGUGACGAUUCAGUAUGGACUGAAGAGAAGGCAUAUUUAGGAAAGCUAAUCUUGACCAACAAGCAAGGAGGCUUGUAGUUUUUUUCACUUAGAAAAUGAGAUGGGAGUGUCUUGGCUUACUACAGCUGGUCCCCACCUGCGUGUCCAUUCGGCAGCACUCCCUUUCUAGAUGGGAGUGUUUAUAAGGCAUGACGGGAUUAGACUGACUGCAGUGUAGAUAUGAAGAGGCUGGGUGCAGGUGGAAUCCUGCGUUACUAGGUUCUCCAGUGCUGUGCUUGUUGUGUGGUUUUCUGUAAUGACUCGCCUGAAGAGGGUACCCUAUUUGUACGUGUUUCUCAUUGUAAAAAGGUUUCCUGAGGGCUCUCCUGCUUCCUCUCUCGCUUUUACGUCCGUGUUGGAAAUGUGAGAAUGCGUAUGCAGCCACAUCUCUUGCGCGCGCCCUGCCUUCCAGCUGUGUGUCGCUGUCACUGUGAGAUGGGGACUGUGUGUGCUUGUAGUCACCAGGAGCACCUGAAAGGGUGAGCGUUGUCCUUGGAGCACCGUGACUGAGCACAUUGGUGGCCUGUUGACUUGCCCACUGUCUAUUGUCGUUCUUUCUGAAAUGCUGCAUGUUUUGUAGUAAUUGGUCUGAGAAUUGUGGUUUGUCGGAAUCUCUGACAGGUGCCUUCCGCUGCUGCCCAUCUUUUUACGUCUGUCCCCACCGUGUCGUACCUAGUAAACUUCUAUCAAAACGACCCAGCGAUCCCUUUGGCCAUUUCAUUGUACUGCCCAGUUUUUGCUCUUAUUGAGCAAUCAUUGGUAAAAUGUCAGGAAGUCAUAGAUAAAAAUAUAAAUGAAGGGAAAUGACUGAGCCUCCAUACUUAAAAUACACAGACCCUAUACAUCAGUUCCUCAAAGAGCUGAAAUAUUUUCAGUUUAAAACCAGUAAAGUGUGGUAAGGAGUUUCCAUUUUAAACUAUGUUCUAGAGAAAAUGGACAGAUAGAAAAAAGGGCAUUUUUAGUGGGGGGGAGGAUGAGUGUGUUUUAAAAAAUUAUAAUUCCUAAAAUGACCAGAUUCCAGAUCCAAGUCAAGGUUGAUGGUGACUGUCUUGGUUUGUUGUUAGCCAAGUUUGGUUUAUUGAUUGUUGUGUUUGUACAAUGAUUUGCAAUUAUGCGCUUGGAGUGUCCUGUUUCUGAAGGCCAGAAUCUUUGUUGUGUCAUUAGUGACACACUUGUCUUUCCAAAGAUAUAUUUUACCUUUCCAAAAUAAAUUUAUUAAUUAGUCUUUGAUUAAGUCCCUGAGUAAAGAGUGGUACAUUAUUAGCAGGUAGUGCUAGAAAACCUGCAAAACCAUGUCCCCAUUUGAAGAAGGCUCAGCGGUCCUCAUCAAUAAGCCCAAUCUGAUUAUUUGUUUUUGGUUUCUCAUGUAGAAAUUGUUCAGUAUUUAUUUUAGGAUCUGUACAUUUUACCCAUGUUUUGUUCCUAAGGAAGCAUGUUUGAUGCACCUGUCCUUGUAAUUAACUUAUUUAAUUUUUUGUGGUCACAAGCAAAGCAUUGUAACAAAGGUUCUCAUGCAUUCUUAUUGUUUAAUGUCUCACAUUGUGUGUAAUACACUGAGGCCUUCACAGUUGGGGUGGCAUCUGGACUCUUGAAUGCGGUAUCAAUUCCCAAUACUAAGGACAGCUGGAUAAAGCCAAUGAAUUGGAAAUUGUGAUGGCAAGUGGUAUUAUCAGGGCUCACUCAAAAAACGCAAAUUAAAAAAUGGGCAUAUGUUUUUUCUGAUUUCCUCAGUUAUGCAAAUUAAAUCAUGGGUUUGAACUUCAUAAUAACACUAAGGCUAAAAUUAGUGGCCUAAGUAUGUUUCCUGUGAUAAGUUUUGUAGUAUUCACUCAUGCUCAGUAAAGAAUGUCCAUUUAUAGUUGAAAGAACCUAGAUUUUCAUGUGUUUUUGAACAGUUUUUUCCAAUUACUAGUUUCUGUAUAAUCUACGAACUUUCCUAAAGCUUUUGACAAAUGUAAAUGUAGAUUGUGGUCCUGAUACAGGUGUAGCACAUGCCACUCAUGUUUGACCAUUUUCCUUGCUCAAAAACAUGUCGUUCUGAAAUUACAGGCAUGCUUUCCCAGAAUGAAGCUCUAGGAACACGGCUACAGAUGGAUUCAAUUUUGUUUAUAUGCGGUCUCUAUUUUAUGCUUUGAUUUUUAAGGAGCUGGCACUUCCCAUUGUGUUGGGUUUCAGCAAACACUUGUGCAUAUUGGACUCAGCUGACCAUUUCCAUUGUUUAGCUGAGUUGUAGUUGAAUGCAAAUUGUUAAAGGUAAAGCAAAUGAUUUUAUAAAACCAGUUCACCAAUUUUUCGUAUAUGUAAUGUUCAUGGCUUAAAAAAAACUAAAGGGAAAAGAAACUGGUUCAUAUGUGUGCAAGAUGGAAAUUCUCAGGUUUUUUCUGCGGAGCUGGGAAGUUCCAGUAAUGAUUGUCUUUUUUUAGGAAUCUUACCACAAAGUGGACUCCACAAUCAAACCGACUAGCAAAUUAUCCUCAAAAGUCAAAGAUCUGCUAACAUAUGCGUUCACUGCCUUAAAUCUUCUCACACAAUUCUGUUUCCUUAUGGCAUGCCAAACCAGAAAAAAUGGCUUUUUAAAGAAGAAAAAGAUGUACAGUAGACCAAUGUCAGUUUGUAUAAAGUACCAAGUGAAAAAUAUUUAUUACUUGCAUUGGAAGAAAUUGUUUACUUAUUGAAUGUUACCUGUUUAUGUAGAGAAGUUUAGAUGUAAUAAAAUGCAUUCAGCUAACUUGUUCAGAAUAUUGUUUUCUAAACUAAAGCUAUCUAAAUUGA